AUGCUCCGAGGGAAACCUGCCUUAACAACAAAUCAUCAUGCAAUCAAUCCACAUUUACAACAUUUGCAGAAAAGUGAAAGCUUAAAAUUAAAAAGGGGUAGUAGCAGUGGAAGUAUGAGAAGGAAGAUGAGUUUGAGCACAAAAAGAAAACAAAAACGGGACAUUGAACAAUUGGUAACUUUGGGUGAAGCUUACCUAAUUAUUCAUUUGUGCGCCGGAGAGGUUGUUUUAAGAGGAUUAACGGAAUCGGAUAUCUUUAGACCCAUACGAAUCGGUGAUGGGGCAGAUGAGGUCAGGUACCUCAUUAAUUGUUUGUUGAGAGAUAAUCGUUCCGAAUUCGAGGAUGAAUUAAAAUUUCAAAAUAUACAUAAUGUUAUCGCUGGUAUGCGAUGGACAAUGAAAAAUUGUACCUCCAAGAUCGUACCUUAUGAAUGUUAUGAGGAAUUUGUCAGAUAUGAACAAGAAUGGCAAUAUGACCCGAGAAAGGGAUCAUUUAAUCAAUUCCUUUCAUAUCUUCCAAGACAGAAUAAAGGAAUUCUUGUGGAAUUAUUUGAUUUAUUCGCAAUGACAAUGGAACAAUCACAUUUCAAUAAUAUGCAUCCAACACGCAUCUUAAAAUCAAUGUCACUUCAUAUUUUUAACGAAGUAAAAACGAAAACUUACGAAAAUUUUCUAACAGCCUAUCAAGAAUGGUUAAAAUAUUCUCACGCAUUAAUUCAUUUGUUUUUAGCUUAUUUGAGAGAAAGAGCUUGUUCAACCCAAUUACCAGAGAGGUUGCAUUUAUUGCUACAAGAUUAUGUUGAAUGUAGAAAAAAAUGUUUAAUGAAUAGUAGUGUUAGUGGUGAUGGUAGAGAAAUCAUCGCGAGUCAGCAUUCUUUGCCUGACAUUACCAUUUCUGAUUUGGAUGAGGUUAUCAGAUCAAGGAAGCAGAUCGUCGAAACUAAUAAUGAUAUUAAAUCAAAAUCUAAUUCUAUUAGUAGACAAUCAAGUAUGCUUAGAAAAACAAAAACCAUUAAUACAAAUAAAUCAAAUAGAAGUUCUUUAGCGGAUAUAUUCCCAGAAUUAUUAGAUUCGCUCAGUGCGUUGAAACGUAAAGCAAGUUUUAAAUCGUCAAACAUAGUUAUAAUCGAUGAUCCAAGAACCGCGGAGUCCAAAUGGGACGAAUUGCAAAAUAAAGGGUUAGGGAUCAUGUCCGAAGAAGUACUAAAAUUAUUCUUUGCUUAUGACGAUAGAGAUGUAAACCCGAAUACCAUUAGGGUCAAAAGAAAGAAGAGUGAUGGAAAAAAGAAGCGAAACGGAAGUCAACUAAAAAAUGAUCGAUUUGAAGGACUUCCGCCAUUACCAAAAAUAGAAUUUGUUAGCGACCCAUUAAUGAAUUCAACUGAUUUUAAUGAUAUGAAUAACGAUUCAAGUAGUAGUGAUUAUCCUGAUGAAAAUAGUAUCGGUGGUGAACCAAAGUGGGAUAGUUUUCGUAAUCGAGGAUUUCGCGAAUCAAUAGAUAAUAGUUCAAAUAUAUUUAGCUUAUCUUCAACGCUUGGACCUUCCAGUAGUAAUAUUAUUCAUAAUGCUACUAGUAAUGGUGGUUCAACAGUGUUUGAAAAUACGAGACGUGAAGAAUCUCAGGAAGUGAGGAAUCGAAGACCCACCACGCGUCGUAAAACAAUUUCUUUCUUGUGUGUAAAACGUCGUCCACCUUCAGUCGCUUCGGAUUCAUCGGGUUACAUGCAUGGUCACACUUAUGAAGAUUGGGAAGAUUGGCAUAUAAUAGAUCAAACAGUUGAUAUGGUUGAUAGUUCUCACCUUUCGAUUGAAACGAUUGAUGCUUUAUUCCCUUACGUUUGGAUAGAGGCAAAUGUUGAAGAGCAAGAUGAACAAUGGGGUGAAUGGGUUUUUAUUGAACCUCGUCGAGGUCUAAUUCAUGAAUGUGAAUGGGUUAUGAUAGAAGAGAGGAAUCGAUACAUGUCAGAAUGGGAACAAAAUUUAAAUAACACAAAUAAUCUCUCUUUAUCAAAUAAUUAUCCUCAUCGAAUGAGCGCUCUAAGCAAUUUCAGUUUACCUUGGGUGAAAAGUUCUAAAAGUAGUAAAAGUAGCGGUAAAAGGAAAUCUGAUGCUUCAAGUGCUUUACAUCCUCCCUCUGCCCUUCAACAGUAUAGCCGUUCAAAUAAUAGUAGUUUUUCACGACCUUAUUUACCACCACCUGGUACUCCUAACGAACAAAUGGACAAACUACUCAAUCAACCAGCCGAUAAAGGUCAAGAAUUUCGUGAUAGAUAUAUUCAGCAACAACAAGAGGAGGAAGAAUCAAAGCUUUAUCAAAUUCAAAAAUAUCAACAAGAACAACAGAUGCUUAUAAUGGAACAACAGGAAGAGCGUAAAAGACGAGAACGUGAAAGACUACUAAGACAACAACAACCACAGGAAGCUCAAAAUCAGGAUGAAGAUGAUGCGGAAGUAGCUGAUCAAUAUUAUCAAGAUGAUGUGUACGAUCAAUAUCGUGAUGACGAACAAACAUCGGAAUAUCAACAAUAUGAAGAGGAAGAUAAUGAACAAUCAAAACCGGUUGUACAAUCCCAGUAUCGUCAACAGUUACAGAAGCAAAGAUCUCAACAACAAUUCAUUGAAUCUCCUGUUCAAAAACGGCCAUCUCGUGACGAGCUUCAAAGUACAGUACCACGUCCUCAAAUUCAAAAGCAGGGACGUCCAACUCAGAUGCAAGGUCGUCAAUCACCAAAACCAAGUCCAGCCACUCCAAGUUCAUUAAUACCUGGAAAGCAAAGUCCAUACAGUGGCGUACGUGGGAGAGAAUCACCAUAUCCCGUUAGCCCACAAAUUGCUAACCGUCAACCUCCGACGCAAGGUCGACAAUCGCCGAGUGGUAUUCGGGGACGCAAAAGCCCAAUGAUGACCAAUGCGCAUUUACCAGCACGACAAGGAACAAGACCACCACCAUCACCAUCGACUUCCGAUCAAAUGAGUCAAAUGACCGCGGGAAGAUCCAGUCCAAUGGGAACUCGUAAUACUCGUAAACAGCAAAGCCCCGUUCCAGUGAAUGCAAAAUUACCAAACCAGAGUCCUGUAAUUAUGAACGCAUCACUUCCUCCCAAUCGUCAACCCCCGAUGCAACCACGUCAGAAUGCGCAAUUACAGCAAUAUCCACUUCAACAAUAUCAACAACCAUAUCCUCAACAGCAGAUAGGAUACCCACAGAAAUAUCCACCUCCGCAAUACCCAACAGCUCAAUAUCCACAGCAGCCCCAGCAGUACCAGCAAUAUCCUCAACAAUAUCGACAACAAUAUGGACAGCAACCACCACCUCAACCAUACCCACAACCCUCAGCUCAACCAUAUCCACAACCCUCAGCUCAACCCUAUCCACAACAAACCCAACCAUAUCCACCACAGCCCACUCAACAGUAUCAGCAACAGUAUCCUCAACAAUCUCAACAAUCACAACAAAAUUAUAAUAAUGGUAUGGAAGUUGGUGUACAACAGGUCUCUCCAUUAAUGAAUACGAUAAAUACUAGCGGUGGACCAAUAAUUACUCAAACCACCACAAAUAAAAUACAAACAUCAAGGAAAAUACUGAAUAAUAAUACUACUGAAGAAACCGUUGUACAAUACGAAAAUGUUACCGUUAGCACGACACAAUCUUCUGUAAGGAUGCAACAACCUAUCUCUCAACAGAACCUUCAACAGCAUCAACAAAAAUAUGAAAGUAAUAAAAAUGAUGAUGGUAACACUCGUAGUCCUACCGAGUCAGAAAUUAUCGAAGGCUAUACCGUUCCGCUUCCGCCUCAUCAUCCAACGCAGGAACAAAAACAAGAAGUAUCAAAUCAAGUUGCGCCUUAUCAACCACCAUCACCACAAAUGACCGCAUAUAAUCCACCUGGUACUUUUGGGCCAUAUCCACUUUCAUAUUCAACUCCUCCAUCACCUAACAUGGGAGGUUAUACACUUUCGUAUUCAACUCCUCCAUCUCCUAUCAUGGGAAGCUAUCCUGUCUCAUAUUCUCCAACCCCUCCAUCUCCUAAAAUGAACCCAUAUAUAGAUGCUCAAAGGAGAAGUUUUGAAUUACCUGCUUCAAUUCAAUCUAAUUUACCUCCUGAAUUCUUUAAACAACCAUCACAAUUAUAUAAUAAUUUGCCUCCUCAAAUUCCAAUGAGUAUACCUUUUGAUGCCCCUGCUCAGCAAUUAUAUUUGAAAUACCCUACUAGCGCAAGUUCUUCGCCUCAACAACAACCUUAUUUCCCUUCUGAUUACGUUCCUGCCGAAAACGAUAGGAAAGGAAAAGGCAAGGCUAAAAUUUCAAAGACAUUAAGAAUUGGCAAUUAA